UUAGCGUAUCUUUGUAAUUUGAAUACGAAAAUCACGUUGUAUUUAGCAUUAGAAAUAGACGAUAAGAAUAUGUCGUAAGCACGUGAUGAAAAUGUUACCAUCUAUUGCAAAGUGUCAAUGUUUAGUCAUGCCUGUUACUGUAAGGUUAAGACGCGAUACAAUGAGUUGUAAAAGAUAACGAAAAAAAUUGUGAUAUACUUAUUACUAAAGGAUGAUGAGUAUUAGCACAGUAUUACAUGUUUUACUAGUUGAAUUGAAUGUGUUCACGUAUACACUAAGUGCAAAAAAACAGCAAAUUUAGUACUAUUUAAGGAUUGAAUCAGAUUUUAGAUAUGAAACCUCUCACAGAUCUACCUUUGAUCUCAAGAUUGUCUAAUAGGGUAAUACGUAUCUUGGGAUGUAAUCCAGGACAUAUGACAUUGCAAGGUACAAAUACAUACCUUGUUGGAACAGGCACCAGACGUAUACUGAUUGAUGCAGGUGAAAAGAAAACUGCAGAAGAAUAUACUAAAGUAUUAUGUAAUGUAUUAGAGGAAGAAAAAGCUACAAUAGAGCACUUGAUAAUAACACACUGGCACCAUGACCAUUUGGGUGGAGCAAAUUCUGUUUAUAAUUUGGUAAAGUCGAUGAAUCCUACAGGAACUAGUAUAAUAUGGAAAUUACCCAGAUCUAUAGAAGAUAAAGGCACAAGCGAAGAGGAAAAGUCGACUAACUGGCAACCAUUGACAGACAAACAGAUAGUGGAAGUAGAAGGUGCUAAACUUUCUGUUGAAUAUACUCCAGGACAUUCGAGCGAUCAUGCGUCUCUUUUACUAUUAGAUGAAAGAGCAUUAUUUAGCGGGGAUUGUAUUCUUGGAGAAAGGACUGCUAUCUUCGAAGACUUAUACAGUUACAUGAAAUCCCUGGAAAAAAUGUUAGCACUGAAACCAGAAGUGAUUUAUCCUGGUCACGGGAUAGUAAUAAAAGAUGCAAUAGCUAGUAUUAAUUUUUAUAUUCAGCAUAGGCUAAAAAGAGAAAAUGAUAUUUUAGGAGUUUUAAAGGAAAAUUCAAAAACCAAUACACUGACUGAAAUGGAUAUCGUAAAACAUAUAUACUUGGAUACUUCGAAUAUUAUGUGGGAAGCAGCAGCCUACAAUAUACAACACCAUCUUUAUAAAUUAUUGAAAGAAGGCAAAGUAAAAGGCGAGAAAGGAAAAUGGCAAAGUUUAUAACCUAAUUAAAUACAGAAAAUUAUUGGAUAUCACAAUUG